AGAAAGCACAUGUGAGUCUAAGUCUUAAUUAGUCAUCAAAGUUAUUUCUGCCAACACCAAGACGCAUUUUGUGGUGUCUGAGACUGUGACAAGGAGCAGGAAGCUGGUGCUGCGUUCCAGUCCCGUUGGAGAGAUGGUAGACAAGAGAGUUCAGUGUUAAGGUGGUGUCCCUAUAAAAGCUCGUUUAAAACAGAACUCACCUCGGGUCUUCGCUCUGUAAUACAUUUGUUUUCCGGUUUCCGAAUAGUUACAGAAUUUAUCAUAGAUAACACUUUGUUACACACUGCACCGCGGUAAAUAAGUCUUUCUCACAGCAGAUAUUUUGAGUUCUCAGAGCAGGAAAAGAACAGGUGUUACUAGGUUUUGUCGUGUGUGACCCCAGUGGACCUAAGUUAAUUCUGGGAUUUGGUCACAUGGUUCCCUAUGAAAAACGUUUGUAACGCGCUUUUAACUUUUACCCGACACCAGCUGCGUCUUCAACGGUAUUUUUCGUGACUUCACGAAUGUCUUCUUUCAACUGGGAACGAAAAUGUACCCAGUUGAAAUGUCGAGACCAGCGUGUCGUCUUUUUGCUGAAACGUAUGUGAAUCCACAUAGAGUGCUGGGGUCCCGGGGGGGGGCUAGCCUAAACAAGCCGUGAUGUUGUGUUGUGUUGGCGUAUUUAUACACCCAGUAGUUAGGCACCAUCAGCUUUUAUUUGGAGUCAUGUUUCAGUCCGCAUGGCGAGCGUAAGUCCAAAGUUCACUCUCUGUUAGCUCUGUUUUUGGACGUGGUCUCCACCAAACCCUGCGGGGAAUAUCUGGCUCUUUGGCCGCUACGUUCACCAGCCGGUCGCUCGCUGCCGAGCAGGUACAGUGGGGUCGUAGAGCUCGUUUUGGCUGAAAAACGCUGUCCUGUGCGGCUAGAAGAGGGACACUAUGAAAGCGGUGAUAGUGAACCAAAACAAUAAAGCUGCGGGCCAGACAGCUAAACAAUGAGCUGAAACUCACUAUAAAGCUCCGUAAAGCCGAAGGGGAGCUGCGGACUCAGCCGAGCCGCUUGCUGUGUGCCGCUGGCCCGUGUAACUUUUUUCCCACACGCUGUGAACGCAGCAACAAAUAAGCUCGCAGGCGGUGUCUUUGGUAACUUGCCGUAUUGUCAUCCUCCAAUGAGAAGCGCCGAUAACACCUACAACAGCGGUCUGCGCGGCUCCAUAUUGGAUCUACCUUUUCUCGAGAAUAUAUUGUCCAACGUACGGCCGGCUCUGCUCCGCGGGCUCAGGUAUGAGGGAUGUAACCGACAAACCGCGCUGUCACCAACAAAUGUUCCUCAGAGCUUUGUUAUACAGUGCAGCGUGAUCCCCGCAGUUUUUAACGGGGCUGAGAAAUUAGGUUGGAGGCGCACCUGAAGAACGGAGCGAAAAGUGGCAUGCAGGCUGAGGGGGAAAUAAUUGGAUUGAGAUAACCCCACACAGACAUGAUGUUCACACUCACUGAGGUUGCAUCCUUGAAUGACAUCCAGCCGACGUACCGCAUCCUAAAGCCAUGGUGGGAUGUCUUCAUGGACUACCUGGGGUUGGUCAUGCUCAUGCUAGCCAUAUUCGCCAUGACCAUGCAGAUCACCAAAGACCAGGUGGCUUGCCUUCCUUGUUUGGAGGACUCAGAGGAGGCCUCAGGGCCUAAACCUAACUCGUUUCCCCAGCAGAGUGCACGUGAAGCAACCUCAUCUGCAGCCACUGGGGCCCCCAUGGUAAACACCAACCCCUAUGUCACCAAGGACUUACCGGACGAAAUUGUCCAAGAGAUGCACGUUACACACCAACACACUGCUGUGGCGGCAGAGAAAUAUAUGAAUCAGCCUCAACCAACAGGGGUCAAGACCAAUCUGGACUAUCAACAAUAUAUCUUUAUCAACCAAAUAUGUUACCAUGUUGCCUUGCCCUGGUACUCCAAGUACUUUCCAUACCUCACUCUCAUCCACACACUUGUUCUCAUGGUCAGUAGCAAUUUCUGGUUUAAAUACCCCAAAACGAGCUCAAAGAUUGAGCAUUUUGUUUCUAUUCUUGGUAGAUGUUUUGAGUCUCCCUGGACUACGAAGGCUUUGUCUGAAACAGCUUGUGAGGACUCGGAGGAGAAUAAACAGAGAUUGACUGGCACCUCCUCAGUAGCAAAGCAGGUAUCUUCUGAAGGGACAGAUGAAAGCGGGAAUGUCACCUCAUCCACUCCCAUGCUUGGGGUGAAGUUUUCUGCAGAUAAGCCCAUCGCGGAGGCCCCAAGUAGUAUGACAAUCCUGGACAAAAAGGAUGGGGAGCAGGCUAAAGCCUUAUUUGAGAAAGUGAGAAAAUUCAGAGCUCAUGUGGAGGACAGUGAUUUCAUCUACAAACUCUAUGUAGCGCAGACAAUUGUCAAAACUGUAAAGUUUAUUUUGAUAUUGUCCUACACUUCGACCUUUAUGGCUAAGAUUAAUUUUAAGCACAGCUGUGAGCCAGAUGUUAAACAGCUUACAGGAUACAGAAAGUUCUUCUGUACGCACAAUAUGGCUUUCAUGCUAAACAAACUGCUUAUUAGCUACAUGGCUUUGAUUCUGAUCUAUGGGAUGGCAUGCUUGUACUCUCUCUUUUGGGUGUUUCGACGACCUCUAAAAGAGUACUCAUUCGAGAAGGUCAGGGAAGAGAGCAGCUUUAGUGACAUUCCUGAUGUCAAAAAUGACUUUGCAUUCCUCUUACACAUGGUUGACCAGUAUGACCAACUCUACUCAAAGCGCUUUGGGGUCUUCUUGUCCGAGGUCAGUGAGAACAAGCUGAGGGAGAUCAGCCUCAAUCACGAGUGGACCUUUGAAAAACUAAGGCAGCUUGUUACCCGUAAUGCGCAGGACCAGCAGGAGCUGCACCUUUUCAUGCUUUCUGGACUCCCAAAUGCAGUGUUUGACCUCACGGACUUGGAAGUGCUUAAACUGGAGGUGAUUCCUGAGGUGAGGUUCUCGGCAAAGGUCUCCCAAAUGACCAGCCUGCAGGAGCUUCAUCUCUGCCACUGUCCCGCCAAGGUAGAGCAGACAGGUUUUGCCUUCCUCCGUGACCAUCUUCGCUGCCUUCAUGUCAAGUUCACUGAUGUUGCCGAGAUCCCAGCUUGGGUAUAUUUGCUAAGGAGUUUGAGGGAGCUUAACCUAAUUGGCAAUUUGAGCUCAGAAAAUAACAAAAUGAUUGGUCUAGAGCCCAUGCGAGAUUUGAGGCAUUUAAAGACAUUAUGCCUGAAGAGCAACCUCACUAAAAUGCCAACAAACAUCACAGAACUUUCGCAACAUUUGAUUAAAUUAGUAGUGCACAAUGAUGGUACAAAACUGCUGGUACUGAAUAGUCUGAAAAAGAUGACGAGUCUAAUUGAACUGGAGCUGCACAGCUGUGAACUAGAGAGGAUUCCCCACGCUAUUUUCAGCUUGACCAACUUACAGGAGCUUGACCUGAAAUCUAACAACAUCAGAACCAUAGAGGAGAUCAUCAGCUUCCAGCACCUCAAGAGGCUGACGUGCCUUAAACUGUGGCACAACAAAAUAAUCACCAUCCCAUCCUCCAUCGGGCAAGUCAAGUCUCUGGAGUCUCUCCACCUCUCGCACAAUAAACUGGAGUCCCUGCCUCCAGCUUUGUUCACUCUACCUAAACUGCGGCACUUGGAUGUGGGCCACAACUCCAUCACAGUGCUCCCUCCAGAUGUUGGCCUCCUCCACAACCUCCAGCACUUAGCCAUCAACUCCAACAAGCUGGAGGUGCUGCCCAAGCCUCUGUUCAGAUGCACCAAGCUAAAGGUGCUGUGUCUGGGGCACAAUGCGCUCACCGUGCUGCCAGAUGCUGUGGGUCAACUGGUCCAGCUCACUCAGCUGGAGCUAAAAGGAAACUGUCUGGACAGACUGCCCGCCCUGCUCGGAAACUGCCGACUGCUGCGCAAAAACGGCCUGGUUAUGGAGGACCAUCUCUUUGACACCCUACCUGUGGAGGUUAAGGAGAGUAUCAGCCGAGAGACCAACGUGUCCUUUACGAGUGGCUUAUAGCAUAAACACCACAACGCAGACAGUUCUGCAGCUCUCGUGGUUCAUAACAUGCCUGUAUAAUGGAUGAGGAGACUUUUUAUUCUUUCAUCCAUAAAAAUGAAUGCAUUUUCUUGAUUUAUUUUAAUGGGUUUUCUUAGUUGCUUAUGUACUAAAACGAUACAGAUUGCUUUUUUUGUUUUGCUGAGUACGGGGCUGUGCGAUAUGAUAUAUAUCGUGUGACAAUUGAAAAACGUCUAUCAUUUAUAUUAUGCUAUACUGUUUAUUUCAUUGUGUCGCAAAUCGCACUCCUUACAGCAAUAUUUUUCUUCAUUUGGACGACGGUUUGCGUUCUUCCACACGGCACGGAUGCAAGCAGGGAAUUUAUAUGAAGGCAACAAAAACCAACAUGGAGGAGGUGAAGGUGACAUAGAAUGGGGCAAUUCCGUACAGGAGAAGGACUCCGACAGCCCGAGACAAAACAAGGAGCUUGCACAUAAAAGAGGGGCUUCUUCUGUCGUAUGGACGUGGUUUGGGUAUGAGAUGUCUGACCCGGACAGCAAAACCGUACAACAGACACAAACACAUCCAACCUCUUUUACCUCCUACACAAGAAUCAUGUCAAACAGUCGAGUAUAUAAUUCAAAAUGUAAUACGAAAUAGGCCUUUCAAUGUGGUGAUUUUAUAUCAACUAUUUAUUCAUUGAAUUUAAAGAAAAUGUGCUAUUUCUCGAUAUGUAUCUUUAUCUGGACAUGAAAUGACCUACAAUAUAUCGGGAUAUGAGAUUUGGGUCAUAUUGCACAGCCCUAGCUGAGUAUGUAUCUAAUCCAGCAAAUGGUUUUGGCAUUUAGCUUUUUCAUAGCUUUGAUAAAAGAUCAGAAAUUUUGCUUGUCUAUAGACCAAAACUGUUUGCUUCAAUGACAGUAUGUAGAUUUAUCAUUAUUAUUUUAGGUACUCAGGUAUAAUUGUUACCAUGGGGAACAAUCUUUUGCCUUAACUGCUGCUAUUUUUUUACAGUGAGGGCUUUCAAAAACUUAAGGCCAAAUAUGAAUAUUUCAUGUUUUCUUAUUAUCCACAUAGCAAUUUCUAUAUGUUAUGGAAGCAGACACAAUGCAAUGCUCCUUUCUUGGUAGUAUUUAUCUUUUGUUGAAAUCAUAUAACCUUUAUGUUCCCGGAUGUCUUGUAGCUAACGGAAUGGGUAUAGAGUUGUAAAACUCCAGUGGAGACUAAGCAGCAGAAAUGAUCCUUUACCUUACUGUUGUAGAGAUUGUACACCAAGGCCUAUAGUAAUUCAUUUGCACAAUGAAAACCUAAUGAUUUAAAGAUCGGUGAAUGUGCUUUGUGAUAACAUGUUCUAAGACCAGUGUGAGCUGAUAAAAGGGAAAUCUGUUGACUAUCUUUUUUAAUCAUGCUUUAAAAUUUAAAAUGUGUGAUAAAAGUGGCCACUGGUAGGAUUGGUUAUCCUACAUGUCAGAAUCAUGUAAUUACAAUAGACAUGUCUGCCUUCUCUGUUCUCAAUGUUUUUCGGUGUAGGCCUAUAUAUAUUUGUUCCUGGGAGCUUCUGUACCACAUCGAUGAUGCUCAAAGUUCACAACUUUAUGGCACAAUAA